CCGCUCUCUUCACUCGUGUUGUGGCGCCGACGUGGUGCACGCGGACCGUUCCUGAUUCCAUCGGUCAGUGCCGGCAGGUGGUGGGUGUGUACGGAACGUUGUUUCGCCGUCUCUCCCGGUAGUCUAUCGGCGCACGGAGGAAGAAGAGGAAGAGAAUCAGCUCUCUCGAGUUCUCUCCACCCCAGCACCAGUCAUGGGCGGAUAUGCAUGGGUUACACUGGCUACGAACGAUGCCUACUCCCUGGGCGCGCUGGUCCUGGCGCACUCGCUACGUCGGGUCGGCACCAGGCACGACCUGGCCUGCCUGGUCACUCCCGGAGUUACGGCGACCAUGAGGGAAAAAUUGGCGGCAGUAUUCUCCUUGGUGCAGGAAGUCAAUGUUCUCGACUCGAAGGACGAGGCGAACCUGGCCUUGUUAGCUAGACCAGAGUUGGGCAUCACGUUUACCAAGUUGCACUGUUGGAGGCUAACUCAGUACGAGAAGUGUGUAUUCGUUGACGCAGACACGCUUGUCAUACGAAAUUGCGAUGAGUUAUUUGAGCGAGAGGAAUUAUCGGCCGCGCCUGAUGUCGGCUGGCCCGACUGCUUUAAUUCCGGAGUAUUUGUGUUCAGACCGUCUCAACAAACGUUCGCGUCAAUCACCGCGUUUGCCGCCGCCAAGGGCUCGUUCGACGGCGGCGAUCAAGGCUUAUUGAACAUGUACUUCAGCGACUGGGCCAGUAAGGACAUCUCCAAACAUCUACCGUUCAUCUACAACAUGUGUUCCACCGCGACGUACUCCUACCUUCCCGCAUUUAAACAAUUCGGCGACGACGUGAGAAUAAUACACUUUAUCGGCAUAACGAAACCGUGGUUACAGUAUUUCGAUACCCUGACCGGUACCGUCGAGCCACCACCUGGAGCGGCACAUUUGCAACCGCUGUUGCAAUUGUGGUGGAACAUAUUCUGCGAGCGAGUGCAUCCCCAACUGUCGCCCUCGAUGGCCACCAGCACAUUGGCUCCAAUUUGGCACGCAUUUGCUCCUCGGUCCUAUGUACCCCCUUAUCCCAAGAUCUCCGAUUGCUCCGACGCAACAAACGGCAACACGUACAACUCUCGGAUUCCGGAUUUCUCCGAAUUUAAAGAUCCCUGGGAAGGAUAUUCCCCGCAAAACGAUCCGCCUUCGACCGACAAUAGCGCACCGAGUGACAAGGGCGGAAACUGUUACUGCGGAGUUAAAUACGAGGAAGAAGCGAAUGUUGUUCGUCAAAGUGACCACAAUGCAACUCAACAUAAUCAACAAUUUUACUGCGAGCAACAGCACUCUUUCUACACGCCCAUUCAAACGUAUGAUCAACAUCGAGAACAUGCAACUUCUUACUCCGGAGAGAAUCGCAAUCAAGAGCAUUCUGUACAGCACACUGAACCUCAUAAUUGGCAGCAACACAGCGAACAUCACGUUGAACAGCACCAGCAUAAUGAACAAUGGACUGAACAGAGACAUCAUCAUGUGCAACAUCAGCAUCACGAGCAGCAACAUUACAACGAGCAAAGACGAUACAGCGAGCAGCACCAGCAGUUUCAUCAACAUGAUUGUCACAGAAAUAAAGCGGAUGAUCAUCAUCAGCAUCAAUCAGUUCAAGAAUUGCAGCCUGCCGACGUGAGGCACGAGAGUCACGCGCAGCACCACGCCAGUGGUAAUAAUCAAGCUAGUCAUCAAAGUGUACAUUAUCUGAAUCAAAUUGUUUCUCAUAAUGAGUCUCAUGCGCAGCACGAAAAGAAUAGCGAGCAGGCGUUAGAAGCUGCGAAUAAUAAAGCGGACACGCGGAGAAUCGAUUUCCUUCCUCUCCCUCCCGCACCUUGUACAGAUCUCCACAAUGUAGCCACGCGAUCUGACCCGAAUGUAACGGAACAUCUAGACAAUGCAAAUGCGGGUAUCGCUGGUGCUCUGGCUCAAAUAACGUUGGGCGAAGCGAGGAGCGCCGAGCAAGUAGCCCUGGAGGAGCACAUGAGGAAGCAGAGCUGGGAACAAGGACAGAUCGACUACAUGGGUCGCGACAGCUUUGACAACAUAUGGAAGAAGAUCUGCUCGACGCUCUCCAUCGCGCCGCAACGGCAACCAACUCCGCCUAAAGAGGAUACCGCUGCUUUGGAGACUACUGUAAUAGAGGCUGCUGCAAAAGAGACUGCUGUAGAAAAGACUGCUGACGCACCUGCAGAUGUCAAAGUGGAUAAACCAGCCGUUGAAGCGAAAGAUCCAACGCAAUCUCUGAUAUGCGAAGUUUCUAAAGAGGAGAAACUUUCGGCGACGCAAAUCCCCGAGCAGGAAGCACCCGCAACGAAAGUAUCUAGCGAGCUGGUACAAUCGGGAGACGCUUGUGCGAAACCGACAACGGAACCAAAGGAUGUAAAAUCAUGCGAGAUCAGUACUUCAGUGCCUCCGCCGCAACCGCUGGCGGAAUCUCUGCCCGCGAGAACAACUGCGGAACAAUGCGAGCUCGCAAGUCCGCAGACAACGCAGAAAGCGGCGCCUCAAAGCGAAAGUCUUUUCGAAGCGAAAGAACCGCAACAAGCUGAUUUGCAAGCAUCCCUCUUGGUUUGCAAAUUGCCUGCGCAAGAAGCAGCUACGCCGGUUACGGAGACUCCGAAGACUUCAGCUUCCGCUGCUCAAGACGCAACGCAAUCUGCAGCUCCGAUUAGCGUAAUCAGUCUGCAGGACAUUGCUAUAACUUCUCUUGCAACGCCAGUAGAAGACAUUGCGAAACGUGUAAUCGAAUCCGUGCCCGACGUAACACAGCCUCUCACGAUAGACCCGGGCGAACGGCACGCGGAGAUGCUGUUGGCGGCUUCCGAGAUCUCCACUGUGAGUCCCGUGCCUAUUCAGGUGGCGGAAUCAGUUCUCCAGGCUGAGCCCAAGGAAUCCGUGUUGGGUGCAGCUGUGGCCGUGAGCGAUCAGGCAAUUGCUACGACGGUCACAGCCGUGCACGAGUCCACGGAUAUCGCUUCUACGCCGACCUCGCUUGAGUCCGUUCAGUUGAACGGAUCAGCUUGCGAAGUUGAGAGACGCGGCGAUGUCACGAGAGACGCGGGUCCAGUUCCCGGUCUACCGGAAAAGACUGAUGCUCCUCCUCAGCCGGCCAAGGAAUCAGCGAGUGACUUAGUUACCAAAAACGUGCCAUCAGAAGUACCGCCUGCUACUGAAGGAAAGACAUUUAUCAGUAGCAGUGUGGUGCCCUUAGGAACAUCGUCUGGAAAAGAAUCAGCGGAACAGGUUGCGAGAACAGAAGCGAAGCCAUCAGAACAGAUUGUGAGAACCGAAACAGUGGAGGCGAAGCCGGCGGAGCAAAUUACAAAGACGGAAGCCAAGGAAGAAAAGUCCGCGGAGCAAGCUGCAAAAGUCGAGACAACGGAAGCGGUCGUGAAACAAGCGGAAGCGGCUGCGCAAGCUGAAGCAACAGAAACACCGUCUACCGAGCAAGCUAAAGUAGCGGAAGCGGCAGGAGCGAGAUUCUGGACCGAAGAUCUGGAGUCGUCGCCGAUCAGCGAGCCGAGUUCGCCGCUGGAAGAACCCAUUGAAGUGAAACCGCCAAACGUGCCAUCAACACCGACAGUGACUGAGGCCACCCCGCCGACCAGUCCGUCCGCGGAGAGCGCGCAGGAGGCGGACGCGAAGAAGAGCCUGAAGAAGUCCGACUCGACGGACGGCGCCGACGGCGGGGAGGGCGCGGACAAGAAGGCGAAGAAGGUGGUGAAGAAGGUGACGAAGAAACCGAAGGCGAAGCCCGACGAGGCGGCGCCCUCAGCCGUGACGGAGGUCACCGCCGCGGACGGCUCGCAGAGCAAGACGAAGAAGACCGUGAAGACGACGAAGAAGACCGGCACGAAGACCCUGGAGGCCGACACGAGCGUGCCGGAGACACCACCGCCUACGGCGCCGGCCGGCGCCGUCGGCGUCGACGCGCCCGUUCCGCCCAAGCGGAAGACGAAGGGCGGAACGAACGCGAAGGGAACGACCGGCAAGAAGCCCGAGACGGAGGAGUAACCGAAUCCGAGCCGACAAUAAUUAACGGUCUCGAAUAGCGCGCUGGAGCAUCGAGAAGAGAACUUUAAUCCUUUUGAGACUUCGCGUUCCCGGAAGCCUAAGUAUUUUCGCGCAUACUCUUUUUUUUACGAUUUUCUUAAGAUAAGAAGAUUUCCCGCGAGAUCCCCGAUCUUUUAUCAGCUGCAAAGCGUAGUAGACACUCUAGAAGAUUGUCGCGACAUAGUCCGA